UCUCCUCACAUGAGCUGUUGGCGACUUUGGUUGUUGGCUUCCUCUCCUCCUCGGAUCCUUCCUGUUGCCGCCUCCUUCCUCCCCACCACCGGGCGGCGCGCCGCCCACCCAGCCACUCUCCAUGGACAUGGGCAUGGAGUUCUCCUCCUCCGCCCUCCAUCCUCCCGCCUUCUGCUAGGAGCGGCGCCGCGGAGCCGUGCGGCGUGGACUGGAGAUCCAGCUCCCCCAGCGUGGACCCGACCAACCAGGGUGCCAUCCCUCCUCGAUUUGGACUUGGAUUCACCUCGCCUUUUCUCUUCCUCUCCCUGGUCUGCCAUUGAGGGGUCACAUGUGUUUCAGUGGCGGUUAGAAGCCUACAACUCUACAUUGACGUGAAGUUGUGGUUGGAUUUAUUAACCGUUCAUGUUGAGGGCAAAGCAACUUGGCACCCUAACUCAGUGUGCACGAUCCUUCUAUCUUAAUGGAUCAAGGUGUGGUAGCACAGAUGGAGCUUCAUGCACAUGCCCUGAGGAUGAGACUUAUGCUCCAAACAGGCAGACUGCAACUGCUAUCGAGCAGAAGUCUCAUUCAACCCACAGAACAUCUGUGAAGAUUCAGCCUCCUGUACAAGAUGUUAUUGGAGCUACUGGCCACCCAGCUCCAGCUGUUCAUGCCACUACCUCACCUCCAGAAAAGGAGCCUGCAUCUAGUAACAGAAGCAAUCGUCCUCACAAUCGUCAGCAGAUUAUAGGAAGUGAUUAUGUACAGCCAUCUAAGCAGACAGCCAGAAGCAUUUCUCAAUCUGGAAUUGCUGGAGCUGGUGUAUAUUCUGAGCUGGUUAAUUUCAAGUCCUCAUCGAAUAAUGGAAGCAUUGAUCAGGCUCCACAGAUGGGUACUAACUAUUCUUAUCAGAUUUUAUCUGAUAGCCAUUCUUCUAAUAACAGGGCACGGAAUCAACUUAACUUUCCCGAGGGAAAGAUGACUUAUAACCCUUCUGUAAACAAUGAAUUUGGGAAGGGGUACCCAAGAGCUGGCUAUGCAAAGCCAAAGCAGAGUUCCUCAGGACCAUCUGUGAUGGUUUCCAGUUCACCAUCACAAAUAAGGAGCCAAGGGCAUCCUGGUCAACCCUAUGCAAAAUAUCAUUCUAAUCAUUUCAAUUCAGAUGCCAGGCGAGAUGAAAUACAAACUCGGAACCCAUCAGGUCCCAAUGUUUUUAGUGGUUCUGGCAACAAAAUUCAGGGUUCUACAGGAACUAUAAAAGCUCAUAGUGGAGCGCCCCAAUCUAGCUUAAGAUCAUUGAAGUCAUUGCGGUCAGUUGAGCAGUAUUACCACACACUGCAGCAAAUGAAAUGGGGUCCAAUGACCGAGCAUGUUCUGGAUAAUCUUCAUUGCAAGAUAGAUGCAUUCCAGGCAAAUCAAGUACUCAAGCUGCUUCAUGACCACACUGUCGCUCUUGGUUUCUUUCAGUGGUUAAAGAGGCAACCUGGAUUCAAGCAUGAUGGUCAUACUUACACAACCAUGAUAGGCAUCCUUGGGCAAGCCAGGCAAUUCGGUGUUUUGAAGAAACUUCUGGAUGAAAUGAGCCGAGCUCACUGCAAACCAACUGUGGUGACAUACAACAGAAUAAUACAUGCAUAUGGCCGUGCAAAUUAUCUUAAGGAGGCUGUUAAAGUAUUUGAGGAAAUGCAGGAAGCUGGUUACGAGCCUGAUCGGGUUACAUAUUGUACAUUGAUUGAUAUCCAUGCUAAAGCUGGAUACCUGGACAUUGCAAUGGAUUUAUAUGGUAGGAUGCAAGAAGUAGGCCUGUCACCAGAUACAUUCACAUACAGUGCCAUGGUUAAUUGCCUUGGUAAAGGUGGCCAAUUAGCGGCUGCUUAUAAGCUUUUCUGUGAGAUGAUUGAAAAUGGCUGCACACCUAACCUUGUUACUUACAAUAUUAUGAUUGCGCUCCAGGCCAAAGCAAGAAAUUAUGAAAAUGUUGUUAAGCUGUACAAAGACAUGCAGGUUGCUGGGUUCCGUCCUGACAAAAUAACUUACAGCAUUGUUAUGGAAGUUCUUGGUCAUUGUGGCCAUCUGGAUGAGGCUGAGGCAGUUUUCAUUGAGAUGAGGCGCGAUUGGGCUCCUGAUGAGCCAGUAUAUGGACUUUUGGUCGAUCUUUGGGGCAAAGCCGGCAAUGUUGACAAAGCACUAGGAUGGUACCAAGCAAUGCUUCAGGAUGGUUUGCAGCCUAACGUGCCUACCUGCAAUUCGCUCUUGAGCGCUUUUCUGAAGAUGAACAGAUUUCAAGAUGCCUACAUCGUGCUCCAGAACAUGCUUGCUCAAGGGCUUGUUCCAUCUGUGCAGACUUAUACCUUGCUGCUCAGCUGCUGCACCGAGGCUCAGGCACAGAUGGGUUUGUGCGGCCAGCUCAUGGCCAUAACUGGACAUCCAGCUCACAUGUUCCUGCUUUACUUGCCUGAUGCAGAACCUGGUGGCCAGAACGUCAGGGAUCACACCGGGUAUUUCUUGGACAUGAUGCACAGUGAGGACAGAGAGAGUAAAAGGGGUCUAAUGGAUGCUGUCAUAGACUUCUUGCACAAGUCUGGUCUCAAGGAGGAAGCGGGCCUUAUAUGGGAGGUUGCUGCACAGAAGAACGUGUACCCAGAUUCUGUGAGGGAGAAGAGCUCAUCGUAUUGGCUCAUCAACCUUCACUUGAUGUCUGAGGGCACAGCAGUGACUGCUCUGUCCAGGACACUUGCCUGGUUCCAUAGGCAGAUUUUGACAUUGGGCACUGGCCCUGAAAGAAUUGACAUUGUCACUGGCUGGGGCAGGAGGAGCAGGGUAACUGGAUCUUCGUUGGUUAGACAAUCGGUUCAAAAGCUUCUAAACCUCUUUGAAUUCCCAUUCUUCACCACCCGUGGAAAUACUGGCUGCUUUGUCGGCUGCGGGGAGCCACUUAACAAAUGGUUGCACAAUCCUUAUGUUGAACGCAUGCAUUUAUUGUAAGCUUGCAGUGAGGUCAUUGGCCAGGCCAGAAAUAAGGCACCUAUUUAAGCAGGCACAGUUUUGUGGAAGGAUCAGCUUGGGAUGAAUAAAGAUGUGCACCAUAUAUAGUUCUUUCCAUAGGGUGAUUUAGUCAGGUCAGGUGUAGUUUGGUAGCCAAAUAGUCUAUGCUUGGAAACUAUUUAGUGUGAUUGUGGUAACAUUUAGAGAUGGCAUUGUUCGUUUAGCAUAAAUCCCUAGAGUAAUUUCUCUCAAUUAGCCAGUGAGGAUUACUCAAUCAAGUGUUCCAUGUUCCAAUUCUUCAUUUUAACUUGAGUGACAGGUUGACAGCUGCUGCUGACAGGUAAUGUUGUUGAUGAACAAGUAUUGAUUAUUGAGAGUUGAGACAGAAGAAUCA